GUUUGUUUUGUUUAUGCUCAGUGCACGAAUUCACGAUUUCAAGCUAUUUUGCUGAAAUAAACAUAUUUAUUUUAUCAAUAAUGUGAUUAUUUAUUAUCAGCCAUGUUCUCUGUUAAGUUGGAAUGCAAAGGGGUGUCCAUUUGCUACGGUUGUCUCAGCACAGAUAGGAAAAUAGUCCUGCUAAGCAAUAACCUAGAUGUGUUUUUGAAUCUUUUGGGAGUCCAACAAGAGUUUUAUACAACACAAGUGUUGCUAUGUUGGGAAUGUGUUGCCCAUCUCAAGAAUAUUAGGACCUUCCAAAAUCGAAUACAGCAUGCACAGUUUAUAUUGCAACAAUCUCUGUAUGACUUGGAAGAUCUUGCAGGCAAAUCACUCUCGAAUCUAUCGACAGCUACCAAAAAGUUCUAUGAUAAUUCAAUUGUCUACGAAGAACCAAUCGUUCAGGAAGAGAAAAAUGCCAAACAGGACAUCAAAACGUACAUCAAACAGGAGAAUACCGACUCUGAUGAUGACUCCAAUCAGUUGGUCAUUGACGACUCGUACAGCGAUAACGAAUUAUUAACCAUAGACUUUAACAAACUCAAACAAUUAGAAAUAAUAGAAGACAAUAUAAAGAAGGAGCAAGAAAUUAAAAUCAACGAAACAAAAUAUAAUAUUAAAAUCAAUGAACGUAACAAUAAAAAAAACCAAAGCAUCAAAAAAUAUGCAAGUAAAGCUACGGUGAAAACGUUGGAUGUCAACGAAGAUGAUUUGAAGAAGCUCUUUGUCAAAGUAAUCCUUACUGAGAAGGAAAUUGACGAUAUUUUGACUAGGGAUAAAAGGAGGUUAGGUGGUACUAAGUUACCGCACAAAUGCAGUGUGUGCAAGAGUUCUUAUAAGAGAGGUGUAGAUAUGAGAAGACAUGUAACAUUUAAUCAUACAAAGCCUACGUUUCCCACGAAAUGUUUACAGUGUAAAAUGACAAUACGCUCAUGGGACUCCCUCCAUGAGCACUGGAAGAAACACAACGGUUACUACAGGUGUGACAGAUGCGAGUGGGUGUCACACUCGUUGGCCGCGAUGACGACCCACCACCACAGGGUGCACACUACUGUGUAUUGCUGUAACACGUGUGACGUCACUAGCCGAACUCUGAAGGAGUUCAGCGAGCACUACAAGCAAAGGCACGAGAGAAUCAUAUGCGACCACUGCGGCAAAAGUUUCAUCAAGAAACGAACGUUAGAAGUGCACAUUAAACGCCACCAUACUCCAGCCACCUGUCUAGAAUGCAACAAAACCUACGCUCAUUACCACGUAUUGGAGAACCAUUAUCGAAUGUAUCACCCGCAAAAGAUACGAGCCGAUAACCGUACAGAGCUGGCCUACUGCGUGGAGUGUGAUAAACAGUUCCCGAGUGUUUAUAAGUACAGGAGACAUUUGGCGACUGCGGCAAAACAUACCCCGCCGAAACCUGUUAGGGUUCCGUGUCCGGAGUGCGAUAAAGUGUUCGCUCGCAAGAUCCGCAUGACGAACCACUACAAUUCCGUACACAGGAACACUACGAAGCACAGAUGCGAUAUUUGUAAUAAGACAUUUUGUUCUGCGUUCUCGGCGCGUACGCACAGGCAGCAUGUACACGAGAAAAUACCAAUGCCCAAGAACAAAAUGUGCGAUAUAUGUGGACGAGGAUUUAGCGUAAGUAUGCAUAUUGUUAAGACACAUCUGAAGUGAAACUUCUUU